AUGAAGCUGCUCCCCCUCCUCGCCGUCCUCGGCAUCGGGGCCGUCGCCCAACCACUCGAGUCCCGACAGACGUGCUCCGGCCCCGUCGAGAGCAACCCGUCGACCUGGUGGCGCGCCGCCAUUGGCCACAACGGCACGGCGCCGACGAGCACUGACUCGACGUACCAGUACUACCGCACCGCGGUCCAAUACGGCGCCGACAACACCGGCGUCCAGGACUCGUCCGACGCCUUCAACUUCGCCAUCGAAGCAUGGAGCCGCACCGGGAACACCGUGACGACCCGCCCGGCCUACAUAUACAUCCCGCCGGGCCGGUACCGCAUCAAGAAGCCGAUCCAGAUGCUCGUGACGACCUACCUCGUCGGCGACGCCCUCAACCCGCCCGUGCUGAUCGCCGACCCGGCGCUCGGCAACCAGCCCGUCAUCAACGGCUACGACUCGCACCAGGGCGACGGGUCGGCGACCAAGAACUUCUACAUGGCGGUGCGCAACGUCGUCGUCGACACCACCGAGAUCGACACCGGCGUGCAGGCCGUCGGCAUCGACUGGAGCGUCUCGCAGGGCUGCUCCCUGUCCAACGUCAAGGUCCGCAUGCCCAACUACUCGAGCCACAUCGGCAUCACCAUGAGCGCCGGCGGUUCGGGAAUCUUGAUCAGCGACAGUCAAUUCGAGGGCGGCGCCAUCGGCAUCAAGGUCAACGGCCAGCAGUACCAGUUCAAGAACCUCUCCUUCAACGGCUGCAACGUCGGCAUCUCGGUGGACCACGUAUUUGUCGCCGUGGUGCAGGGCGCGACCUUUGCCAACUGCAACUUCGGCAUCGACAUGGGCGGCAACACGGCGGGCGUCGUCUCGCUCGUGGACUCGAGCGUCAGCGCCUGCAACGCCGGCGUCAACACCCGGGUGACGGGCUACGGCGAGAACUCGCUCGUCAUCGACAACUUCCAGGUCACCGGCUCGACGGCCGUCAAGUCGGCGGCCGACGGAUCGACCCUCAGGUCCGGCUCGGUCCCGGCGGGCCAGACCUGGGUCGUGGGAUACGUCAACUCGAACAACCUGCAGGGAGGGACGACGUACCCCAUCGAGCGGCCUGCCGCGCUGCUGUCCGGGAACAGGUACUUCACGGCGCCGCUGCCUCAGUAUGAGAAGUACGCCCUGGAUCAGUUUGUCAGCCUGAAGGGCGAUCCGCAAUUCCCCGUCUACGGAGACAACAGCCACGACGACGGCCCCAACAUCAACGCCAUCCUUCAGAAGUACAAGGGCUGCAAGAUCAUCUUCGUCCCCCAGGGCAUUUACCUGACCAGGGAGACCAUCUACGUGCCUCCCGGCACGAGGCUGAUCGGCGAGACCCUUAGCAUCAUCAACGGCCUCGGAUCGCAGUGGUGGAACCCCGACGACCCCCAGCCCAUCCUCAAGGUCGGCAACCCCGGCGAGACAGGCAUCGCCCAGAUCACGGACAUCACGGUCGAGGUGGCCGACGUGCAGCAGGGCGCGACUCUCGUGCAGAUCAACAUGGCCGGGUCGAACCCCGGCGACGUCGGCAUCUGGAGCAGCGUCUUCCGCGUCGGCGGCACCAAGCACUCGCUCGUCAACACCAACUGCGGCGGCGCGGACCCGGGCGCCUGCAAGGCCGCCUUCGCGCUGAUGCACGUCACCUCGACCGCCUCGGCCUACCUCGAGAACGUCUGGGGCUGGGUGGCGGACCACUCGCUCGACGGCGGCGCCGCGCAGAACAUCGCCGUCGGCCGGGGCGCGCUGAUCGAGAGCACCAAGCCCACGUGGCUGGUGGGCACCAGCUUCGAGCAUUGUGUCAUGUACCAGUACAACCUCCACAACGCGCAGAACGUGUACAUCUCUCUGCAGCAGACGGAGAGCCCGUACUGGCAGGGCCAGGGGACGCCGCAAAGGGCCCCGGGCCCCUGGAGCGUGUUACCGGCCUACGGCGACCCGGACUUCAGCAACUGCGCGGCCCAGGGGCAGGGCAACAAUGACCGUUGCUUCCGGUCGUGGGGCCACCACAUGACGGGCAGCUCCAAGGUGGUGAUCCACGGGUCGGCACUGUGGGUCUUCUUCAAUAAGAUGAACGACAACCAGUGGCAGAACGCGCAGUGCGAAAACACGGGGGGCAACUGCAUGACGAACCAGGCCUUUGCCAACGGCGCCAAGUCGACGUACUGGUUCGGGCUGAGCAGCAAGAGCACCACAACUCUGCUGUACGACCAGACGGGCGGCGUUGUGUGGGAAGUGUUUGCGAGCGAUAACACGGGGUCCUGGGGCGGCGUCCUUGCCGCGUAUCUGAGGGACUCGGGCGCUUGA